GUUGCUCUCGGUCGCUCUGACAUCAUGAGAAUGCGCCGCCGUGUGCGCCACCUGGUUGCUGGGUGACGGGGGAAGGCCGGGCAGCCUGACCAUGGCGCUGUUCUGUAUUAACAGGUAUCUGGGUGGUGAUAAACCCAGCAACAGUCUGGAUGACAAAUCCCGAUCCCAAAUUUUACUGCAGAAGCUCCACCAAGAAGCCAAAGCCAGGCAGCGGCAACUGGGAGUAAAGGCUGACACCACAGAUGAACAACAGGAAGAGAACCAGGAAAGUGACAGGAGUGAAGGUGUGCAAGACGGGAAAAGGAAAGCAAGGGCAGAGGCAGUAAUUUCGGAAGAGAGCAGAAAGAAGAAAAAGCGAUUGUCUAGAGGCAACAAGGAAAGUGGAAGAAAACCAAAGUCCAAGGAAGAUGGUGAUGCAGAACUUGUUACUGAUACAUUAUGCAAGGAGAUCAUAAAGAUCAGUAGCGCCGGAACAGAGAGAAAAGACAAACGCGAGUACCAAAGCACAAAGGCCACAGAUGAAAUUACUGAUGAUGAGGCAAGACCAUUGGACGUAUCUGGAGAACUAAUUAAGUCCCAAGAAAAGGGGAGUGAAGAUUUAGGGAAAGCAGAGCAGCAGGGCGUGAAAGAAGAAAGUGAUCAAAAUGAGAAUCAGACACCAGUUGCUUCCACGUUCACUAUCCUAGGAGGUUUUAAGAAGAAAAAGAUUCAAAAGGUACAGCGUGUCUUACCACAGUGGCUCUCCAAACCCACAUUGGUCAACAGAGAUAUCAGACAGAAUCUUACAGCAAUUGAGGAUGUUGCAGGAAUCCACCCUAAACUAAUUCAGAAGCUUCAAACCAACGGUAUCCAUUCCUUCUUCCCAGUUCAGGCUGAGGUGAUUCCUGCCUUGCUGGAGAGUUCGAAGCAUGGGCUUAUACUGGGUAGAGGGGGCUACAGGCCAAGUGACAUAUGUGUGUCUGCACCAACUGGUAGCGGCAAGACACUGGCAUUCGUUAUUCCUGUUAUUCAGGCAUUGAUGGACUGCACAGUGUGCAGAGUUCGAGCCCUGGCCCUACUGCCCACAAAAGAACUGGCUCAACAGGUGUUUAAAAUUUUCAAUACCUACGUUGAAGGCAUGGACUUAAGAGUAGUGAUCGUUGCUGGACAAAAACCCUUUGCCAUGGAGCAGUCCUCUCUUGUCGAGCAUACGGUUAUGGGUUACCGCAGCCUGGCAGAUAUUGUAAUUUCAACUCCGGGACGUCUGGUUGACCACAUUACCAAAACGGAUGGAUUCAGUCUGCAGCAUCUCCGAUACCUGAUCAUUGAUGAAGCAGAUCGAAUGAUCGACAGUAUGCACCACAAUUGGCUGAACCAGGUGGUGAAGGCAGUGUACAAAGUGGAUGAACAUUCAGCGUCAGAUGUCCUGUUCCAGAGGGUGGAGCCAGGAGUCUGCACAGCUGUAAGCCACUCCCGCUUGCAGAUGCCUCUGCAGAAACUGCUGUUCUCUGCCACCCUCACCAAGGAUUCUGAGAAGUUGCAACAGUUGGCACUGCACCAUCCUCGGCUGUUUACUGCUAAUUACACGCCACAGGAGCAGGAACCACAUGUGACCCUGGGCGAGCAGCAGCCACCAGCUGGCUCUGCAGAAAACAAGUACACCUUGCCCGAGGGAUUGACGGAGUUUUAUGUCCCAUGUCAGCUCAACAAGAAGCCUCUGAUAAUCCUCUACUUUGUCCUGAGAAUGAAGUUCAGUCGAAUCCUGUGCUUCACUAACUCCAGGGAUGCAUCUCACAGAUUGUUCCUAUUACUUCGUGCCUUUGGUGGUGUUCACGUGGCAGAGUUUUCUUCCAGACUGUCACCUAGCGAAAGACGAAAAACAUUGAAACAAUUUGAACAAGGAAAGCUCCAAAUACUGAUCAGUACCGAUGCAACCGCCAGAGGAAUUGAUGUGAGCAAUGUCACAUGUGUGAUUAAUUACGAUGCUCCACACUUUAUCCGGACAUACAUCCACAGAGUUGGUCGAACUGCUCGAGCUGGGAACACCGGGCUGGCAUUCACACUCCUCCUAAAAGUGCAGGAGAAACAGUUUCUUCAGAUGCUGAGCGAUGCCGGCAGCGCAAACCUGAAGAAGCAGCUGGUGAAACCAGAACACCUGAGGCCUCUGAUCCCGCGCUAUGAGGAGGCUUUGCAAGAGCUUCGACAGAUCCUUAAGGAUGAAAAGAAGAGUCUCUCAACCUGAAGAAACAAAGUUUAACAGUGUGAUGAACAUUUGAAUCUUUCUUGGACCUUCGGAAGUCCUGACUGGAAGUUCCUGAUAUGCCCUUGUACAAACAUGUAUAUUGUUUAUAUACUGAUCUAUGGAAAUACUUUUACACAAAAUAAAAUGCUGUGAUGGACAGGCUGUGUUUUGGAGCAAUAAAGAGUGUUUACAAGCUUGUAUUU